GUUGAGUAAAUUUUCUUUCCAUCCAACAGACCAAAUACCGUCAAAAUAGAGACGCCGGGCAGACAGCCUGCGCUUCCUGCGUCUGAGGAUACCCUCUCUCUCUCUCUCUCUCUCUCUCUCUCCUUAAUUUCUCGCUCACCCUCUCUCUCUCUCUCUCUCUCUCUCUCUCUCCAUUGGAGGACUUGAGGUGGCGGACGAACCUUGAGAAAAUCUGCGAAACUUUGCUUAUUCAUUUGCAAUCGAAACGCUUCGCUACUGUUUCUGUUCAGCAUCUCGGCAUCAGCAUCAGCUACGGUGCUGCAGCGCACGUAAAUUAGAUUCGAGAAUUUGGGAAUUUUAAUUUAAGCAGGAAGUGGAAAUGGCAACCCGAGUGAAAGAAGAUGAGAAAAACGAGAGAAUUAUUCGGGGUCUUCUAAAACUUCCAGAGAAUCGCAGAUGUAUCAACUGCAAUAGUCUGGGACCACAGUAUGUCUGUACAAAUUUCUGGACUUUUGUUUGCACCACCUGCAGUGGAAUACACCGAGAAUUUACGCACCGAGUGAAAUCAGUUUCAAUGGCUAAAUUCACUACGCAAGAAGUCAGUGCACUUCAAGGAGGGGGAAAUGCGCGUGCGCGGGAAAUUUAUUUUAAGGAAUUGGAUUCACAGCGUCACUCUUCCCCUGACAGCAGUAAUGUUGACCGACUACGGGACUUUAUUAAGCAUGUUUAUGUGGAUAAGAGAUAUACUGGUGAGAGGAACCUUGACAAGCCUCCACGGGCAAAAAUGGGUGAGAAGGAGGACUAUGAAAACAGGCGAGUGGAUACGUAUCAGGUGGGGUCUCGAAGCCCACCAUAUGAGGAUACAUAUGAUCGCCGUUACAGUGGAAAAAGUAGUCCUGGUGGAAGGAGCGAUGACAAGAAUUUCAGAGACAGUUAUGACGGAAGAAGAAGUCCUGGAUAUGAACAAGAAAAUCGGCAGUAUGGUGAUCACAAAAGAAGUCCUAUUCACUCUGAGGUAGUUAAUGACUGGCGUCGAGAAGACAGAUUUGGAAAUGGAAGGAGAUCUGAAGACCGGAGAAUUUAUGAGGGAGAUUCAAAGCUGGAAGGCAGAUCGCCUGAUCGCCAAAAGGAUCCUGAAGUGUCCAGUCCCCCUAUAGUCCGUCCUGUUAGAGAUAUUUUGGGGGAAAAUGUGUCUCCUCUUCGGAUUAUUGAGCCUCCAAAAUAUGCUAGUGGGAAGGUUACUGAUGGUUCCGCACAGACACAGAGAACUGUAUCUUCCAGUAGCUUGGGAUCCCUGAACGGUAAUCAGGUGGAAUCUAAAGGGGCAAACUUAAUUGAUUUUGAUGUUGAUCCUGAACCUUCUGUUACUGCAGCAGCGCCACAAGCACAGCAAACAAGUGUAGCUCUACCUAUUUCUAAACCAACCGGUGAUGAAAACUGGGCCUCCUUUGAUUUUGCAGCAGAAACCAAAGUAUCUCAAGCUCCUACUCAUGGGAAUACUCUGGAAUCUGUACUGUCACAAUUUUCUGCUCCACAAUCUGUACCUGGUCAGAUAUCAGGAAUGCCCCCAAGUGGUGCCAAUCUGACAACUGCACCUGUGGGCAACAUGCCAGUGCUAUCAAGUAGUGGAGAUUUGUCAGUUGCAUCUUUAGGGUAUUCAGCAAUGUCAACUUAUAGAGGUGGUCCUCCAGCUGCACCUGCAAAUAACUUCUCAACUUACCCCCCUACUGGUACUCCGGCAGCAAAUCCUGUAUCUAGAGGCAUAUUGCCCAUCAGUGGUGGUAGUAGCGCCUUUGUCAAAUCUACUGAUAUGGGGCAGUGGUCAAGCAUGCAGCAUCAGCAGCAUACUUUAUUCCCUGCCACUGGUACUCAGCCUGCUGCUCAACUAUUUGCUCCUGUGAGUGGAGGUUUGAGCAAUCAGAUGUGGAAUUCCUCAGUUGUACCGAGCACACAAGGGCUUCUGACCACCCCAGGUACACAGUUACCUCAAGCAGUCCCUCAACAAACCAAUUCUGUUGUCUCACAAUCUGCCCCUGGAGUGAGCUCAGGUGGAAGGAAAGAACUGCCAGCGGAUCUUUUUGCUCCGGCAUAUUCCUCUAAUCCAGUACCAACUCCGGGCUGGCAAACUGGUCCACCGCGUGGCAUGGGUUUCACCAUGCAGUAUAAUACUGCUGCGGCAAUGCCAACUUUUCUACAGCACUCGAUGUCAACAAAUCCAUUCGAUCUCCAUGGUGGACCACCUUCAGUUCAAGCUCCAGCAUUCCCUUCCAUGGCAUCCUUGCAAGGUGCUCUACCCAAUAUGCCCCCCAGUACAAGCCUAUUACGGACUUCCAGUGUUGGUUCUCCGACAUGGAUGACACCCCAGUCAUCACCUUAUGCAUCAGCACUACCUCCUCAAGCACCAACUUCUGUAUCAGCAAUGCCCCUGGGGUUAUACAUGGGGCAGCAGGUACCCGGCAGUGUGUUGGCUGCCAGGCAUCAAGGAUUAGGGGGCUUCAGCAAUGAGGGGGCUGCUUUUGGCGCCUUGAAUCCAAACCCACAGCUGGUUGCGAACUAUUCAGCACCUGCGGCCCCAGGUUCUCUCUCAUCUCCUGGUGGUAACCCAUUUGCAUAAAUUUGAGGAGCAAAGACCAUGAGCCCACUUUAGAGCGUGCAUCAUCUUGUUGCUCCCUGUCAAACUGCUGGGUGGAAAAUUUUUGGUUUCUUUUUUAUAUACGGAGUAAAAUAUUCCAGCCAGAAGAAAGAUUUUUUAUUUUUAUACCAGGGGGCAUUUGCAGACUAGGAAUUUGGCAUGAAGCCUUAAGAGGCUGAGAGGGGUGUAUUAUUUUGAAGGGUCUGGACAUGGGGACCAAGGUUUUUAUAUAUUUGUAUGCAGCAAUUGUGUUUAUUGUUACAGGUGUCAUGUCUCGUUCGUGUUGCCCCAAAAAAAUGAUAGUGUGUUAAUGGGUGGUAUUUCUGCCCUGGAAUUUGUAUCAUUUGGCCUUUUGUUUUCCUGUAUCUUUUGGGCAAUUUCUUCCUUUUUUUUCUGGUGAGCUUUUUGGUGUCGGAUGUCAUAUAGCUGUCAUUUUAGUCGAAAACAGAGUUUGUAAUGGAAAUGUUAUUGAUGUUGAUAAAUAUUAGAUGGUUGUUGGCUCU